AUGGCCGCAACCAGGCCCCAAACACUAGUCGGCAAAGUCGCCAUUGUCACAGGUGCAACGAGAGGAAUCAGCGCCGGGCUGGCUGAAGAAUUGGCCCGCCGAGGAGCGAAAGUCUUGAUAACAUGCACAUCGUCAAGCAGUGAAUCCAUCGCAGACCAAUUAAUGGAGCACAUCCAAAGCUUCAAAAACGGCGCAAGUGCAGCCAAAGUCCGCACCGAUCUGCGCGAAAUAUCUGCGGGACAAACGAUUGUCGAAGCCUCGAUGCAAGCGUUCGGUCCCCACAUUGAUAUCUUGGUUAACAACGCCGGUGUGGAGUUAGUGAAGCCCCUGUCGGAUCUCACGGUGGAAGACUACAACCUCGUCUACAACCUGAACGUCCGCGGAGCCAUCUUUCUAACACAGGCUGUUCUCCCACAUCUGCGUGCACCCGGCCGGAUCAUCAAUAUUAGUUCGAUCGGUGCACGGGAAGGAAUCGCUAAUCUGUCGACUUAUUGCUCGUCUAAGGCGGCCUUGGAGGGCUUGACGCGGUGCUGGGCUGCGGAGUUGGGCGGUGCCGGGCAUACGGUGAACGCUGUUAAUCCGGGACCGGUGCACACGGCUUUGCUUAAUAAUAUCCCGAAGGAGCUGGUGGAAAUGCAGAAGUCGGUGACGCCCGUGGAGCAUCGGGCUGGGACGAUUGACGAUGUGGCGCAGGUGGUGGCGUGGCUUGCUUCCGAGGAGAGUCGGUGGGUUUCGGGGCAGGCGAUUGCUGCUUCUGGGGGGUACGCGAUGCACUGA